UGGCGGGCUAUAGUUCCGGAGAGGCUGAGUCUUCAGUACGACGACAGAGUCUGUGUUGGGUGCCGUGUGCGUGUUAGUCUCUUGCCUGCUGAAGAUUUCGCGGUCAACUCGUCACAUAUUUUCUUACAAUGAGGUUCCGGGCUUCAGUGCUGGGCAAGUUGCUGGGCCGGUCCAGCAACUGCAUGCAGAGCCGAGUGCCAUCGGGGGGAGUUUGUGACGUCACACAUUUACCUGGGGCCGUCGUUACAAGUCGACACUAUCAUCCCAACGGCGACCCGCCAAGAAUUCUGAUCACCGGAAGCCUGGGACAACUUGGCUCAGGACUGGCAGCCUUACUGAGGGAGAAGUACGGCCGUGAGAACGUCAUCAUGUCGGACAUAAUCAAACCUUCUAAAGAGACGUGGAAGAGCGGGCCGUACGUGUUUGCUGACAUACUUGAUUUCAAAUGUCUUCAGGAAAUCGUCGUGACCUACAGAAUAGACUGGCUGGUGCAUUUCUCGGCCCUGCUCUCUGCAAUUGGUGAACAAAACGUCCCCCUUGCCAUCAGAGUGAACAUCGAAGGCCUACACAACGUCAUGGAGCUGAGCAAGCAGUACGACCUUCGUGUCUUCGUGCCUUCCACCAUCGGGGCCUUCGGGCCAGAUUCACCGCGGGACUUCACACCGAAUGUCGCCAUCCAGCGGCCACGCACCAUAUAUGGCGUCUCCAAGGUGCACGCCGAGCUGCUCGGCGAGUACUACCACCACAAGUUCGGACUGGACUUCAGAUGUCUGAGGUUCCCUGGCGUUAUUUCAGCAGACACGCAGCCGGGAGGCGGCACCACAGAUUAUGCAGUUCAAAUAUUCCACGACGCUAUAGCCGGCGAGCACUUCGAGUGCUACCUUCGCCCCGACACACGCCUCCCCAUGAUGUACAUUGACGACUGCCUCAGAUCUCUGUGGGAGAUGCUGGUCACGCCCGAAAACCUGCUCAAGCGCAGGACCUACAACGUCACGGCCAUGAGCUUCACUCCGGCCGAGAUCGUCGCGGCCGUUCAGAAACAUUUUCCUGAUCUCAAAGUCUCGUAUAGACCUGAUGAUAGACAGAAAAUUGCGGACACGUGGCCCAAAGUUUUUGACGACAGCGAAGCGCGCAGAGACUGGGGCUGGCGCCACGUCUACGACCUGCCGUCCAUGUGCGACAUCAUGUUCAGCAAAUUACGAGCUGCGGGAGUCGAGAACAACACCGCCUUAGCCGACGAUGCUGUGCUGGCACGAGGAAUGUAAUUCUACAUUAACUUCCAUCCUACGAUGCUCUAUGACCAUAUUUAUUGUUAUUUCUGCCACGAUGUUCUACGCCGUCUUCUGGGCGGCGGACUUCGACGGCAACACUAUUCUAGCUGUAAUGCACCUGAUAUCAACUCCCAUAAUGCAAUCCUGUUGAAUCAUAUUUAUUUCUUCCCUGGGGCAACAUGUAAGCGCCUAGGCGUUGGACAAUUUCUCUCCACAAUGAAGCUAUAAGCCAUUUGGUUGACUACUUACUUGGUUUAGAAUAGAAGUUUCGGCACUGGAAAUAGGCCCAUGACCUGUUGCCGAUUCUUGUGCUUUUCGUGACUUGAUUCACAAAGGAUAUGGCCUUAUGAACCUGAUCUUUGUUAUAGCUGGCGAUUGUUUGAGGUAACUGCUGGACUUAUUACAAGGUCCGUAAGGAGCUAGGCUUUUCAAGACUGAACAUAUGCUCCUGCAUAGCUUUGUCUAGUUUGUUCUU